AUCACCCCCUCUAUGCCAAAAGCAGCAGCUCCUGCGACAGGGCCUACCCUCGCUCGCAACCAGGCAUGUCAUACAUGCAGGAAGCGUAAACAAAAGUGCGAUGCACAACGACCAUUUUGUGGGGGAUGUGUGAGAUCGUGGAAAGCAAGAGGACAGACGAUCUCCGACACGGCGGGCGGAACUCCAGCAUGUACCUACGACGAUCCUUGGGACUUCGUGCCAGGAAACACUAUGCACGACGCGCAAACGAUCGACCAUCUAAAAGCGCGCAUAGGGGAGCUCGAAAAGAACCUCCCGGGACGACCGACGCACCCUCACUCGCACUUGCAUCCCGAUCCUCCCUACGUCAAUGGAGGCAUCUUCCAUGGCUUAAACGGAUCGAAACCAUUCAGCAGCACUGCGACGACGCCAUACAACCAACCUGUAACCGGAUUAACCGCAUUAUUUGGAACGCCUGAUCUCACACCAUCGAUGAGCGCCAACAGCUCUGCGAACGGUUCACCACAAAGUUUUGGUCCGAUGUUCUUCAACAACUGGCCGGCGCAUCUCCCUCUCCCAGACAUGCUGCAUCACCUCGUUGAUGUAUUCUUUGCCCAUUUCCCCCUCGCUGCGCGGAUUAUUCAUAGACCCUCCUUCCUCCAUGGCCUUACCCACUCUCCGUCAGACCCUCUCUUCCCUCCCGCAUCUCUGUUGCAUGCUAUAUGCGCAUAUGCGUCCAUGUUCUCUCCCGCGGUUCCAACCCCUAUCAUCCAAGAUACACCGCCUCCAGACCAGGGCGAUCAGCCGCCAAAGAAGCCUGUGAAACGCCCGGAGAGUUUUGGUGACUUACAGGCGCGCUUGGCCAGGAGCUCUGCAGACGAGAGUACAGCGCUAGGGCUACAUCUAGUUGAGAAUUUCCAAGCCAUAACCAUUUUGGGAUGGUACUGGUUUGCCCAGGCGAGAUGGGUCGAGCUAUGGAUCUGGUCCGGAGUCGCUCUUCGACAAGCGGUUCCAUUGGGACUGAACGUUUCGGACGAAAUCCCUACGACCUUGAACAGGUCCGGGAAGACCGCGCUUCUUCCUUCUCUCCCUGACACGGUUGAGGGAAGGAUCGACAUGGAGAUGAGGAGGAACACGUUCUGGGCCGCGUAUCUGUUAGAAAGAUACGCCUGCGCAAGUGCCACCUGGGCAAACUCGCUAGAUGAGCAAGACAUCUCCACGGAGCUUCCUAUAUGUCAGGCAGAUUGGGAACAAGGCAUCAAGCUGGAGUAUCCACGGCAACGGCUGGGGACCGUAGACGUGCUUACUUCGCACCCUCAGGAGAUCCUUGACGCGUUCGGCAUGCAUGUGAAGGCGGUCCAUCUCAUGUCCCGAGUCCAUCUACACAACCUUAGGUUCCGCACCAGUCCCCAAGCCGUCGGUGUGUCAAACCCGCGGGAGGCUCCAGCAUUCAAGCAACUUGAUGGUCUGAUCGCAGCAUUCGUUUAUUCGCUGCCAGCGAAGUUCCGUGAUCCGUUCAAGGCAGACAGUGGGAAUGUAUUUGAUGCAAACUUGUAUAUGGUUGCCGUACUCCCCCAUUUAGCCGUCAUCCACCUCCAUGAUCCGCACGUUGUUGCUACCGAUCCCAACGACCCUUCGGCAGACCGAGUUUUGUCUGCGGCACGGGCCAUUCUACACACUGUAUACAUCCUAUGCAGCACGUCAUUCGACAUCACCUUACUUAUUCAUGCGUGCUGUCAGGCAUGGUACCUCGCUGCUCGUGUCCUUGUCCGUUUCUUGAAAGCCAAGAUUGAUGGUCAAGAUCGAGACGCGGCAAUCACGCUUCGUGGAGAAAUCCAGGUCUUCCAGCUCGCCUUAUCGAGAAUAGGUGAGAAGGUGCCUCUAGGCCAACGCUUCGGCAAAAUGCUAGCAGAAUUGCUGGAAGCCGAGAUGAGCGAAGUUGAGGAGAGGCUCCGGCUUCACUGCGAAGAUAAGGAAAUGUGGGACACCGGCAUUGGCCCGAUGACUGGCGUCGUUACCGGCACGACACCCUUCAAUCUGUACCCCAGCCGGGAGACGAGCGUCUCCGUUAGUGGUGGUACUGGCAGCGCGUCACUUAACGGUGCUGCGACGCUGGUCGAAGUGGAGAGCCCGCCGGAAAUGCAGAGCCUACCACCUAAUGGGCUGCAGGGCGCCAUCCUUCCUCAGCUUCCUCCAGACCCGCUAGACGACCUCAGCCCCAUGCAGGGUUUCGACAACCUUCUUUCUUUGGAUAAUCUAGGCCUCGGAAUGGGCCUACCCCAUACCCUGUCCCUUGGUACUGAAAUCGGCAUUGAUAUCGAUUUCGGCACGCUCGGGACACUCGGUAACCCCAUGAACUCCAUGACGAACCCUUUAGGUAACAUGGGUGCCACCAUGGGCAUUGUAUGAUCUUUGCUGGCGGGAUCUCAGUCUGUCCUUACUUGGUCUUCCUUUUCCUUUUCGGAACGGUUCUGUGCUGAAUAUGUUCUCCUCCUCUCUGUUCGAUUAUUAUUUACUUCUCAGCGACUGCUGUGUGGAUCUAAGUAGGCCGCUACCGGCGCACAAAUCCCGAAAUUGGCUGUAUUAGAUGUUAAUACUUGUAAUUCUAUGG